AUGACCCAUCAACGUUCACCGUUUGCUAUACAAGAAUUAUUGGGUUUAGGUCCAACGUCGAAUAGCACGGGUGAAAAUAAUAAUUCACCGACGGGAAAUACAUCACAACAUCGAAGUCCAACGGCGGGUGUUUCUGCGGUUACACCGGGUAGUGGACAUUGUGGUUCUGGUAGUGCAAAUUCAAGUACAAAUAAUGAUGGCUCAUCAACAUCGGCCGCAAACAGUCCUAGUGGUAUUAACACAUCAUCAGCGGCAACAACAUUUAGCCAUCAACCACCAUCCGCUGAUACAGUGGCCGCAUUUAGUCAUCAUCAUAUGGCCAGUAUGGCUGCAUCACGUAUGGCAUAUUUUAAUGCACAAGCGGCCGUCGCUGCAGCAUUCUUACCACAUAUGCAUCAAGCUGGUUUACAUCAUCAUCAAGCAGCGGCUGCUGCGGCAGUUGCUGCCGGACAACCUCCCCCAGGUGCGACUGGUUUUUCACAACUGAAAAAUGCAUUCAGUUCGGCGAGUGGACCAGGUUCGUGCCUAACUGGUGUAAAUCAAUUAGAUUCAGGGAAAGAUUUUACGGUUGAUGGUCUUGGUUUUAGUAAAAAGAAGAAAAAAAAAAGACGCCAUAGGACGAUAUUCACCUCAUAUCAAUUGGAGGAAUUGGAGAAGGCGUUUAAAGAUGCACACUAUCCAGAUGUAUAUGCACGUGAAAUGUUAUCAUUGAAAACAGAUUUACCCGAAGAUCGAAUUCAAGUAUGGUUUCAAAAUCGACGUGCAAAAUGGCGUAAGACUGAAAAAUGUUGGGGACGUAGUACAAUAAUGGCUGAAUAUGGUUUAUAUGGUGCAAUGGUACGACAUUCAUUACCAUUACCGGAAACAAUAUUGAAGAGUGCAAAAGAAAAUGAAAGCGUCGCCCCAUGGCUUUUAGGAAUGCAUAGAAAAUCGUUAGAAGCUGCUGAACAUUUAAAAGAUGAUACAUGUAGCAGUGAUCACGAUGAAACACGAACCGAUACGAACAGCGAAAAAAGUGAUAAACAACAAUCAUCCAGAUCGAAUAAUCCACACCAACAAAACAGCACACCAUCAAAUCAAUCAUCACAUCCAUCCCAACCAAAACAACAAAACAAACAUGGCGGCAAUAAUGUUGGAGGUGGUGGGAAUCCAAAUCAAAGUCCAAAUCAUUCACCACACCAUCCAAACGAUCCAAACGGUAGUUAUGGACCGAAUACAACAUCAUCUAGCGGCAAUACGUAUAAUUUACAUUCCAACGACGAUCCAGAAGUUUUUAGGAAUAAUUCAAUUGCAUGUUUACGUGCUAAAGCGCAAGAACAUCAAGCUAAACUUUUAAAUCAUGGCUUGCUGUUGCAAGUGCGUUCGUUAGCGAAUAUGGUAAAUCAUUAUGGUGAUGCAAAUGCAAAUUACCAUCAUAAUUUUGGAACACCGGGUCAUCAUCAUCCGAUGGAUUUACAACAGUUACAUCAUCACCAUCAACAACAGUCACCAUCGACAGCAACAAAUGCGACAAAUUCAGGUACUAACGAUAAUGGAGGUCGAGCAUCGUCGACAAGUAGUACUACGUCAACUUUAGGGGGUGGCAUCACUGGUGGGCCACCAUCUGGCUCAUCGUCAGCAGGAUCUAGUUCAGAGCAUGAGCUAUCAUCCUCAUCGGCGGCAAAUAUGUUCUGUCAACAAGCUCAAAUGAUUGCGGCUGCAGCGAUUAAAGGUGAGACUUUAUAG